GCCAUUAAGCGGCGGGCAGGGGGGCAGUGGAGGCUGCUGGUUCUGUUGAGGCGGGGGGUCCUGGCGCUCUCGACAUGGCCCAGCGCGGGCCCGGCCCCUUCGGGGCGCCCAGCAACCCCUUCGAGGAUCCCGCCGUGGUGCAGCACGAGGGCACCGUGGAGUAUGCGACGCUGGACGUGUACAACCCCUUCGACACCCCGGGGCCGCCCCCUCUCUACCAGCCACAGGCAGGCGCUCAGCCACCUCCACCGGCUGCCAGUGUGCCUCAGCCGCCAGCCCCCGCCAUGCAGCCCCCCAGGAAGCCGAGCCCCACGGAGCCCAAGAACUAUGGCUCCUAUGGCACUCAGGCGUCCACAGCGGCAGCCGCAGCUGAGCUGCUGAAGAGGCAGGAGGAACUGAACCGGAAGGCAGAGGAGCUGGACAGGCGGGAGCGGGAGCUGCAGAAUGCCGCGCUGGGAAGUGCUGCAAUGAAACAGAACAACUGGCCCCCACUGCCCUCCUUCUGCCCUAUGAAGCCCUGCUUCUACCAAGACAUCCCAGUGGAAAUCCCCAUGGAGUUCCAGAAAACUGUCUCCACUAUGUACUACCUCUGGAUGGCCAGUGCUAUUGCUCUCUUCCUGAACUUCGUGGCCUCCCUGGCUUGGUUCUGUGUAGAACCCACGGCUGGUUCUGACUUUGGCCUCUCCAUCCUCUGGGCUCUCCUCUACACCCCUUGCUCCUUUGUGUGCUGGUACAGGCCGAUGUACAAAGCCUUCAGGAGCGACAGCUCGUUCAACUUCUUUGUCUUCUUCUUCAUCUUCUUCAUCCAGGACAUUGUGUAUGUCCUGCAGGCUGUUGGCAUCCCACACUCGGGGUUCAGCGGCUGGAUAUUGAGUCUGACGGUGCUGAGGAAGAACUCUGCUGUGGCAGUGCUCACGAUCCUGGUAUCCCUGCUCUUCACGGCAGUGGCUGUGCUGGGUGUUAUCAUGCUGAAGAGGAUCCACUCCAUAUACCGUCGGACGGGCGCCAGUUUCCAGAAGGCGCAAGAGGAGUUUGCUGCCGGGGUGUUCUCGAACCAAGCGGUGCGCACGGCUGCAGCCAAUGCCGCAGCAGGGGCAGCGAGCAAUACCUUCCGGGCCCAGUAGUACUGGACCAGCCCUGGCUCAGGCCUCACCCGCAGGCUGCUCCUUCCUGGGGAAACUACAUUGCACUUUCAUCGGUCCCUGUGUCUGCAGCAGUUGGUCGGAGGCUGCCUCAUCCCAGCUUGGAAACACUAAUGUUUACUCCUGCUCCACCCCUUUCCUCCCAGGGCAAGGCCUUUCCCCUGGCUGCAUGCUCCAUGCCCAGAGGCUGAGGGGUCCCUCUACAUGUGGGAGUAGGCUUGUGUGGGUGGGCCUGGCUGCUUUUCUGGCUCCCUGUGGCUCCUGCCAGCUGCUGGGGGCAGGAGGUGUGGGUGUCACUGGGGGGGGACCUAGUGCCACCUUUGGUGCCCUAUAGGACCCUCUAUGAGGCUCUUGCCCCAAUCCCUGCCCAGGGGAAGACUUGGUGAUGGAUGCAGUUGUUGUGAUGCCCUGGGCCUGGUGGGGGAGGGGGGGUCACAGUGGAGCACUGCCCCUCCCUGCUCUUCUCCUGCAGGGAGGGUAGCCUUUAUUAGGGAAGAGCAGUGCCAGGGCAGCUAUUGGCUCCCUCCUACUACUGCCUGCCUGCUUGGUGCCUUCUCAAGCUCUCCAGAGCUGGUGCUGCUGCUCUGCAUGUGAGGGGCUCCAUGGGGUGCCCUGGUCCUUUCCCAGCAGCAUGAGCAGGCUUUGAGCCUGGCUGUGCCCACAUGCCCCCUCCCCCCCGGCACUGCACUUCACUGCUUUCCCUGCCUCUCUAGGGCCAAGAAGCUGUUGUGGCUUGGCUGCCUCUGCUCUGGCCCUUUGGGAGCUAUUCCUAGCACCCCACACCCUGGGUUGCUUCUCCUGCUAGCAUUCCUCCUCUCCCCCACUUCCCUGCUUUGUGCCUCGUGCACCUCUCCCUGCUGUGUGCUCCUGCAGCCUGUGCCCUUGAGGCAGCCUGGGCUGGGCAUGGAGCCACUUGCCUUCUGGUGGCCUGAGGCUGCCCUCUGCCUUCCUGGGCCCCUUUACUGGAGCAUCCUUCACUGGCUGUAGUCCCAUGAGCCCUACCUUCCCCCUCUCGUGUGCGGGCAGGGGUGGCCUUGCCCUGGGCUGCGUGGUGCUUCGUGGCGGGGCUCAGUGGAGCCCCGCGCACCACUGCGUCCCCUGCGUCCGGCUCUCUGUCCCGAUGCACGUCUUGCUGCGCCGCAAGCGGAGCUUCGGUUUUUAUUUAAGAGAAUAAAGGAUGGAGACACUG